AUGCCCGGCCUUGAAUCGAUGCGCCGGCGCCUCUCCAGCAUCGCCAAAGGAUCCUCUGAACCUUCCUCCACACCUCCCUCCCACUCAGACCUUGACACGCGUCUCCUCGACCCCGACUUCUUCCACAUCGAGGACGAUGACCGCUACUGGUUUGCCAGAGUAAACAUCGCCGUACGCACCGCCAUGACCUUACUCCAUACCCCAUCCCACGAUUACAUGCACGUUCAACGCGUCACUUUAUCCGCCUACUCCUUCUAUCUCGACGAGAAGCAUCUGCCCUGGACACGAGAUAUCGACCCGCGCACCGUCGUAGUCGCAGCCAUGGUGCACGAGAUCGGCGCCAUCAGGUACGCCCAAGACCAUGCCGAGAACGUAAGAGACUUCGGUCCGCGACGCCCAGACGGUCCAGAUACUGUGCAAACCAUCCAGCACGAUCUGGUUUUCGAAUUCCUGCGCCGUCUGGACUGUCCGCCUGAUGUCGCUGGUCCCGCAGCAUUAAUGGCAAGUCUAGUCAGCUUCACGCGGGAGAUGCAGAACAGAGAAAAGGUUGCCGAGUAUUGUGAAGCCUAUCCGGCGCUAAAGUUUGUGCUGGAUGCCGAUAGACUCGAUGGGCUAGGGUUUGUUGGGAUUGCCAGAUUGGGUGCGUUUGGCAUACAUGCGGAGAAGAGGAGUGAGACGAUUCUCUCAAUGGUACACCUCAUUGAUACGCGGUUCGUGCACUACGUGGGGUUGAUGAAGACGAAGGGUGGCAAGAAAGAGGCCGAGAAGAGGUGGGCGCAGAUGCUGGAGUUCAGGGACGGAUUAGUGAACCAGACAAAUUGCUCGGUGGGGCUGCGGUCUGAUUGA